AUGAUCAGCAGAACUCACACUUGCUCAAGCGGCCUCCUUUUCGCCGGUCGCCGUCCCGUUGCGCUUGUGAGAGGCACUCAAACUUGUGUCAAACUAAAUUUAAUCGAUGCUCAACAGAAGCUGUUCGGCGAUUUGUAUGAAGUUGGCUCAUUUGGUGCUGUUGUAUGGUGGAUAAUGCACAUUCUCGCGGCGAAAGUCGGCUGA